CGAAUUCAAAGAAAAAGACUAGGAAGGACCUGGGACAUCAUCCAAAGAUGGGGACCCAAGUGAAAGAUGUGGUUUUGAAGCCUGAUGCACCAAGUACACUUCUGUUGGAGAAACAUGCAGACUAUAUUGCUGCUUAUGGCUCCAAGAAGGAUGACUAUGAAUACACAUUGUCAGAAUAUCUGCGGAUGAGUGGCAUAUACUGGGGCUUGACUGUCAUGGACUUGAUGGGGCAGCUGCCCCGCAUGAACAGAGAAGAGAUCACUGCGUUUAUCACGGCAUGCCAACAUGAUUGUGGCGGCAUCAGUGCCAGCAUCGGCCAUGACCCGCACCUGCUUUACACAUUGAGCGCUGUUCAGAUUCUCUCCCUGUAUGAUGACCUUAGUGUAAUAGAUGUGCAGAAGGUUGUGGAGUAUGUGAAAGGACUGCAGCAGGAGGAUGGAUCUUUUGCUGGGGAUAAAUGGGGUGAAAUAGACACAAGGUUUUCCUUCUGUGCAGUAGCGACUCUGGCAUUGCUGGGAAAGCUGGAUGCAAUUAACCUUGACAAAGCAGUAGAGUUUGUUUUGUCCUGCAUGAACUUUGAUGGCGGAUUUGGUUGCCGGCCGGGCUCAGAGUCUCACGCCGGUCAGAUCUACUGCUGUACAGGAUUUCUCUCCAUCACGGGGCAGCUUCACCAGGUCAGUGCAGACCUGCUGGGCUGGUGGCUGUGUGAAAGGCAGUUGCCAUCGGGAGGACUCAAUGGACGGCCUGAAAAGCUGCCAGAUGUUUGUUAUUCCUGGUGGGUGCUGGCAUCCUUGAAAAUCAUUGGAAGAAUCCACUGGAUUGACAAAAAUAAACUGCGGUCUUUUAUCUUGGCUUGCCAAGAUGAGGAGACUGGAGGCUUUGCCGACAGGCCUGGAGAUAUGGUGGACCCAUUUCACACCUUGUUCGGCAUUGCAGGCCUGUCGCUGCUGGGAGAUGAGGAAAUCAAGGCUGUAAACCCUGUGUUUUGUAUGCCGGAGGGUGUUCUUCAGAGGCUUGGCCUGCAUCCAGAGCUCCUCAGCUAGCUCUGCUACCUUUA